AUGUCCAAUUCCAACUCUUCUCCGUCGACACUGACCGGCUACCUGGAGCAAACGGCUUCGGUGCUGAGCUCUGUGGCCUCAUAUAUGAAACUCCCGGCCCUUGCCUCUACGGGCAUCGCUGCGAUCCUGACAUCUCUACUAUACUUUAAGCAAAAGGCAUUAAUUUACCCAUCACAUAUGCCAGCCAAUUCUCGAACCGAUGUGCCUCGCCCCUCCCAGUUUGGUAUUCGCGACUUCGAAGAAUUGGUCAUCCCUACAGACGAUGGCGAGAAGCUGUCUGCCUUUUAUAUCCGCGGUCCGCGUGAUCACAAAAACUCCAGGGUUACAAUACUCAUGUUCCACGGCAACGCAGGCAAUAUCGGGCAUCGAUUACCCAUUGCACGCAUGAUCCUCAAUACCACUGGCUGCAAUGUGUUUAUGCUCGAGUACAGGGGCUACGGCACAUCGACGGGCGAGCCUGACGAGUCUGGACUGAACAUUGAUGCUCAGACAGGCCUCAACUACCUCCGCGACAGAGCAGAGACUCGCCAUCACAGCUACUUCAUCUUUGGACAAAGUCUUGGCGGUGCCGUAGGCAUCAAGCUAGCUUCCAAGAACCAGAGCCGCGGCGAUGUUGCCGGUCUCAUUCUUGAGAACACAUUUUUGUCCAUGCGCAAAUUGAUCCCAUCUGUCAUUCCGCCAGCCAAGUACUUGACACUUCUCUGCCAUCAAGUUUGGGCUAGCGAAUCGGUGCUUCCCACUAUAGACAAGGUGCCCAUCUUGUUCAUCAGUGGCUUGCAAGACGAAAUCGUUCCGCCGGAACACAUGAAGCGACUAUUUGAAAUUUCUGCCGCCCCAAGUAAAAUCUGGAAACCAUUGCCUGGCGGUGAUCAUAACUCCAGUGUGUUGGAAGAGGGCUACUUUGAGGCGAUUCAGGAGUUUGUAAACGAGACCAUGGCUGAGCAUAUAAAGGAGCAAAAAGGGCCAUAA